UCGUAACCAUCGGCCAUUGCAGUUUUGCAGAAGGUGCAGUUAUGACCGGUUCGAAAGACAUGCAGUCCAGCUGGUGCAUCGCCAGGAGCCCUGUUCUCGCGCGGAAGACUCUGCGGAUCAUAGCUUUCAUUAUAGCCGCGUAUCAGCUUGUUAUAUCCCACACUCUGCUCUUCAUGGUCUUCAUCGGUUUGAUGCACGCCAAGGAGGUUCAUAAAAUGCUAUUAGCCGAUAUUGAGGAGGACAGGGAGAUAAACGAGUACACUGCUAUGCCCGACGUUUAUGCAGUCUCCCGCAAUGAGAUGCGCUUCAAGACCGCCCAAGAGUUGACCAAGUACACCCUGACAGUCCUGUACGUUGCUCUCGUGCUUUCGGCCACCUACGUGCUGAGCUGCAUCAUUCUCCUGAAAGGCGUUAUGAAGAACAAUCCCUGCAUGAUGUGUCCGUGGUUGCUCUUAAAGGGAUUCUCCACUGUGAUACUCUUUCUGUUCUGGAUAUUUGGCAAGAUCCAGUGCCAUUUACCCUUGAACUUGAGCGCUAUUUAUGAAUCUACAUUCAUGGCAUUAUAUCUUCUCGACAUGAUCAUCUUACUCUUCGUCCGACAGUACUAUAUAUACGCUAAGCAGGAUAGGAAACUAGCAAACGAGCUCAUCGAGAGUGCUACCGUAAAGAUUCCUAUCCACGAUAAGGAAAAGAUCAUUGAGGGGAAUGACGGCUACACGCAUCACAUCCAUACAGCAGCUGAUCCAAUUUUGGUACCAGUCAAAUAAAUGAAUCCUCUCGAAUUAGAGGUAUUUACUGCCAUAUCCGAAGAAAUAUAAUAUAAUAUAAUAAUACAACUCGAGAAACCCCAGGAAAACCCUAAAUAUUCCACGGAACAUGUU